AUGGAACACGACGAAUCGCCAUAUGUGAAUUCCGGCAGUGCAGGUGGCCUUCUCGGAUCAGUGAUUGUAGGUGGAGUGUUUGUUUACUUAAAUCCAGCUGUUGGUAUUAUAAGUCUUAUAACAAAACUAGCCGCUGAUUAUGCUUUAUCUAAACAAGAUGUCUCCGUCGUCGUGGCUAUUAAAGAGCUCGUACGCGCUGGAUUUUUAAAACUAAACGAAACAAAUAUGCAACUCUCGUUACCAUAA